UUGUCACGCGCCUGUCACCUUGGCGCUCCCAGGCUGCACCUCAGGCUGAUACCCUGUAGGCCUGGGCAGGAUUCAGGGGUCCUGAAUGUUACCUCUCAUGCUUAGGCUGCACUUCUGGAGGCUGGGUUGGGGUCCCCGGAGAAAGGGCCGUGGCUGGAGACGAGGGGGCUGCUGCUAGCGCCCAUGGGGCUGGCAGGUAAAGCUGAGGGCUGGGAGACAGCACAGUGCCGGAUACUUGGGCUUGGUCAGGCAGCAGGAAUGGUGUGUCUUGGUGCAAGAGGGUCCACAUGGGUGCACGCAGGGUCCUUGCCUCGCCUAGGGCCACUCCUGAGGUUCUGAGAGUGGACCGGUUACAGAGGAGCCUCAUGAAGGACAGAGGUGAAAGGGGUCACAGCGUGCCAUUCUUCUCCAGGGUCCCAUCUGGCUCAGCUGUGCACAGGCAGCCAGUGUGUGGUGGAGGGCAGUGGGCAUCUGUGCUGGGAUGCCUACUUGGAGCUGCUCCCUAAGGGGGCCGCCUGGGUUGGUGGCAGGCCUUCCGAUUCUGGGGACAUGCAAGCAGAGGCAGAGCGAGCUCUGGUGGAGCUGCACCCUCCUUAUCCACCAGCCCUGACCUGUGGGUGUUCAUGGGACCAGUCUCCCCCAGUGCCGGACAUCAGGGGCUCUGUGUUCUGCAGCCAUCGUGGAGACUGUGUGUUUCAGGGCAGAGGUCCUGCUCCUUGUCCCCCAUACAGCCAGGACUCUGGCUACACCCCUGUCACUCUGAAUCCCUCUGUGUGGCCUGUGUCUGUUGGGCCAUGGCAUUUGUCAGCCUAUGACAGUACCCGCAGCACCAGGCACGCGUGCUUCAGGGCCACUGGCUUCUGUGCACCCCUUCUCAGCCGGGAAGCACCCUCUGUGUGUGCUCCUGGGUGUCAUGGUGGGGUCUUUCUGCAUGUGGAGGAGGGUGGCAAUGUAGAGAGAGGCCUGGGGCCACUGGGGCCAGAUGCGUCACGAACACCUUGGCAAGGCCGGGGGCUGGCACUGGAGACCUGGUGUGGAGCCCAGACCCCGCUUUCUAACUCCUGUCUGUGGCUUUACCUCACCUGGCUCUGCAGCCCAGUGGGCACAGCCCCUCGCUUGUGCAUCUGCCUGGCUGGGAGCCCCGCUUCACGCAGCUGCUCCUUCCGUCAUCAAAAAUACUUACUGCCCAGUGCUGGCAUUCAGGGCCACAAGCACAAGUGCCAGGUCUUCAGCAGCCCACAGUGCCUAAGCUGCCACUCCAGGAGCAGCAGGACCUGCAGGGACUGUAAAGGAGAAGUCCUUGUGUUCCCACUCCUACGUCCCUUCCCCUCCGUCCAGAUCCAGAGCUUGCAGCUGGGCCCUGGGUCACCCCCUAGGGGCUCCCCUUUCUCCAGAGAGCAGCCUGUGCAAACAUGCACAUUCAGACACGUAGACACGUGGGCACAUCACACACACACGAACAAGCACAGACAUCCAGGCACAGGAUACACGUGUGAGCACAUGCACAUACACGUAGUUACAUGGCUCAAACAUGCAAUCACAUGCACGGACAUGUGGAACAUGACAUGUGGGCACAUGCACACAGACAUGCAGAAUGCUACACCUGUGAUCACAUGCACACACACAAACACGUACGCAUGGCACAUGAUAUGUGCAAGCACAUGCACACUCAUGAGCAGGUACACACAUGACAUGAAUGCACAUAUGCAUGCACACAGACAUAAUACACAUGUGAGCACGUGCACCUAUCUGCAGGCACAUGCAUAUGAGUAUGCAUAUGCACAAGCCCAUGGUACAUGUGCACACAUGUAGGACACACAAGUGAGCAUACAUGCAGCUACAUUGGCAUGUGAGUAUAUAUACAUACACAUAUGCAUGCAUUGAGCAUGUGAACAGAUACAGUAUAUGUGUUAACACAUGAACGCACAUGCAUACAGAGGCAUGUGAUAACAUGUGAGCAGUGUACAUGUGGCACAUGAUGCAUGUGUAGACACAUACAUAUACCUGAUGAACAUGUGCAGUACACACAUGUGCAAGCACAUGUACUGUACUAUAAUAAUGAACUACAGACAUGUGCACACAUGUGCACACAUGUACGGGGUGACAUAAAUGCAAGGUGUACAUGUGUGUAUAUGUCACACAUGCACAGUAAGUAGCUUUCCAAGACACAUAUAGGCACCAUUAGUACAUUAAACUCACAUGCACCACAUGAGAGACAGGUUUAAGACACACCAGCUGCUUAGAGAAACCCUUUCUUUGUGUAGCAAGGUGUAAGCUCUCAGGACCAGAUGCUAUAUGCUGUGGUCCCUGCAGUCCCUCUUGAGUCUCUUGGGCUCCCUCAGGCUCCCCACAGGGCAGCUCUAGGGGCUGCUGGGAUGGGCUGCCUGCUGUCCAGCUAUUCAGGCCGAGUGGGGCACCUUUGAGUCCAGCACCCCUGUCCAAAAGCUCUGGGGGGUGAAGCCUCAGGAUGGUGGUAGAGGUGCUGCCUGGCCCUGAAUGAGCUGUCUGUCCCUGGAGCUGAGGUUCCCUGUGCAGGGCAGGAACAGUAGGCCCAUCCUGCUGUUGGGAAGGGAGGCAGUAGGGAAGCCUAGGAGAGAUGCUGAGCAAGGGCUCCUGAGGGGUGAGGUCAGCUGUCCACAGGCACAGCACUCUCCUGGCACCCUCAGGGCUGUCCUUGGGAGGACGUACGCCACUGUCAGGACUCCGGACCCCCUGCCCUGAAGAGGCAGCUUUUGGUCUUUUAGGAUUUCUUGGGGCCGUCCUUGUCUGUGUGGCGCUGGCUAUUCCUGUCCUCUCUCUGGGCCUUGCUUUACAUGUCUGAGAGUAGGAACAUAUGCUAGCAGAAUCCCUUCCACCACCACAUGGGUAGAGGCCAAGCUCCCAUGUGAGCAGUACUGGUACCUGCACAGCCCAUAGCACCCCACACUCUAGCCAUUCAUCUUGAGUUUGAGGGACGCAGAGCCCCACGGCCAAGUGCCAUGGCCAGGCAGGGAUUGGACCUAGCUCCCCUGCACUGAGCAGUCACCUCACCUCCAGGCCGUGCAGACCGCUGAGCUGGCCAUGGUUGCUGUGGGUCUGUAACCCUCGCUAUCCCACUGUUCUC